AUAUUUUCGACGAAAUGCGUCGCUUCUGCACGUCUUCUUCUUUGAUAGCACGUAAAGCGACACCGGAAGGACCACCUAACAUGCGUCCGACUAACAUAAAAACGGUGAUUUAGCUCGUGUUAUGCCCAAACUUCUGCACUCUAAGAGAAGAAAUCAUGCAGCAGUGACGAGCACGAAUAAGAGUCGUAGUAGUAAUGGAUGACGUGUCAUUACUGCUGCUGUUCUAUGUGGCGCAUAACGCCUUUUAUUUGUUAUGCAUUACAAUUACGGCACUGCAAGCGUCCUCAACAACAGGUGAGGUCGUUGUGGCUCACACAUCAGCAAUAAGCGACAACGACAACCGAAGAAGAAUGUACAGUGAUGUGAUUGUAGAAAGGUCAUGUGGUGCUGGCAAGAUCCUAGAUUACUGAUGUUGCAAGUACAAGUCUACCCAGGAAUUCGCUCCGCAGCAAAAUCAAGGGGUGGUAGGCGAGGUGCUUUCGUAAGCUGCUGCGGCGUACCCAGGGCGGAAACAGCUGGAUUGAGUGGCGACGGCGCGGGACAUGUCACAAACUUUACAGUGAAAUUAUCCUCAUCCGUUUAAACACCAUGCAGCUUUUUGGAAC